GGGGAAGAAGAGAUAAAAGAGUGAGGGAAGCAACGCUAGCUGGCCGUAGCUUUGGCUUGUAUGGCGUGUCGGCAAGGUUGGAACGGCCAGAGGCAAAUGUCGAAACGAAGAACAAUCGAGCCCCACGUGGAUCGUCAUCCCCUCGCAUUUUAUCGUCUUCAACAACAUAAGAAGCAAAACCAAAACCAAAAACAAAAACAAAGGCGAAGAGCAUGGCGGAAGAAGAAGCAUUGCGCGACAUGUUGCUGGGAAGCUUGGUGAGCUUGACAUCCAAGACUGGAAUCCGAUACGAAGGCACACUUGCGGUAAUCAAUCUUGUUGAUCGCAGCAUCGUGCUCAAAGAUGUUAAGUUCUUGGGAACAGAGGAUCGUGAUGUGGCCCUAAAAGUCCCUCCUAGCGAUACCAUCUAUGAUAAAAUUAUGUUUCAAUCAAAGGACAUUAAGGAUGUGGAGGUCAAAUCAUCUACCUGCACUCAGGAUAAGGAUCCUAUAUUUGAUGACCCAGCUGUUAUCCAGGCACACUGUUCUGAAGAUGCAUUUGUGCCAACAAGCUGUGUUACUGCUAAUACUGGAUCUUCACAAGAUUCUAGCUCCCAUGCUUCGGAGAUCGGACUUCCACCGAAUUUGAGCUCAGGGCCACGAAGUCCACAUUUUGCUCCUCCGCCACCUAAGGAUUGUGGCUUUACUGCACCUAUGCAUUUGGAAGGAUCCCGCAGAGUCCCAGAUGGGCUUCAAACUCAGCAGCAAUCUUCGGUCCAGCCACGACCUGCCCCGUGGAUUGCUCCUUCCUUACUCCAGCGUAGUCAAGAUCCUGCCAAGAACGAAUCUUCACCCAUCAGAGCUCCUACGUUUCCUGAUUUGGAGUUGCCAAAAUACCCACCUCCUAUUCGUACCAGCUCUUGGAAAUUGCGUUCAAAUUUUUAUCCUGGGGAGUGUUCUUACAGAGCUUCAGCCUCACGAUCAAUGAAGGCUCCUAUUCAAGCUCAUCCGUUUCCUGCUUUGGGCCCUAACCCACCAUUGCCUGUGUUUGCAAAAGCAUCAGCCCAGCCUUCUCGAAAAGCUCAAGAGGAGGUGGGGAUGGUUCGGGAAGCUCAAGCUGGAGCCAAAGAGGAUGUCGAGAUGGUUCAGGCAUCACCAGCAGGGCUGCCAGUUCCAACGUCAUUGACAGCUAAGCGACCACUUCUUCAUUUUCCUCCGCCACCUGUUCACAGGGCUUCAUAUCCAGCGAUCGCAUUCAAAGAGGACUUUGAUUUUGAAGCUAUGAAUGAAAAGUUUAACAAAGCUGAAGUGUGGGGUAAUCUUGGGAAAAGCUUCAACUCUCAGGAGGUUGGGAGUGGUUCAGAGGAUCAAACUGAUUCUGUAACGGUCAAGGCUGGUUAUGCUAAGGAUGAGUUCUUUGAUUCACUGACUAGCAAUUUUAACAGGAGGACCACGUUCUCUGAACGAAUGAGAAUUGAUACUGAGAGAAUCCUAGAUGAUCUUGGUUUUCUGCAGACUUUUGGUGAGGAAGCAUGGCAGUGGGGAAGUCGUGGACGCGGUUGGGGUGGGCGUGGGCGUGGCUGGGGUGGGCGUGGACGUGCUGGACGUGGCUAUCCACCUGGUGGCUAUCCGCCAAGGCGCCAUGGCAAUACCAGGAGAGGUAGUCGUUAUUCCAUGAGCCCUGGUGGCGCUGGAAGCACAAGCAAUUGGCCAUAUCGCCCAUAGGACAUGGCAGCUCGUGGCACCUAAUGGCAGUCAGUCAGUCAGAAUAAGGGGGUGGUUUUAUAAUACAAAUAACUAGGAGGAACGUGCGCUUUGUUGCUGUUAUAAGACUAAACUUGGUUUGCCUUUACUAAGUAAGUUGCUUGCUUGUGUUGAAGUUAUGCUUGUCAAAAUAAAGCGAAUCGAAUCGCUAAGUGGAGGAUUGCUAUUGCGAUUGCUAUUCCUCAUUUCAUCAUCCUAUCCUAUCCUACAAAUAAGUGAACUUUAAUUUGUUUGUACCUAUAUAUAUGGGAUGUUCAAUUACUGCUUCUAUUACAUGAAUAAGUUGUUGUUGUUUCCUCCUAAUCUUGUGUGUUGGUGAUGAUUCAUGGUUAAAAGAGAUGGAGCCUGCAGGAAUUAAUGUUGGAGAUGGUAGAAAAGGGUAAGUAUUUGCCUUCAUAGUUUUCCCUUACCUGUCUUUAUCUUAUCUUUUCUUGGGCUUCCUCUACUUGCUGCUCUACCUGCAAAUUCUGCUACUCCACUCCACUGGUGUUGGUGUUCCCUUCACCACUUUGAUUAUUCUUUUUCCUUUUUUUUUUCUUUUCUUUUUGCUAUAGCUUGCCACCUAGAUGACAGUACACAAAAUCAAUUUUUUUCUAUACUCAUAAAACGAAAACUUUGUUGGGUUUUAAUAGUUGAGCCUUUAUUUUUCUCAAUCAUCACUUAAUAUAUUGAACUGAAAAUAUUAUUCAAUAUAAGUGAAUUAUUCUAUCAACCAACAAUGCUAUGUUAUCUACUACCGGGCAACAUAAUAUUUGCCUGGCAAUGAGGGGGGCACGGCCCAUGCACAUGAUGCCCAUGUACAGACGCGGGCCCCACGUGCAUGAGCCCGCGUCCCCUGGGCAAAUGCUAAGUUGCCCGACAGUAAAUAAUAUAACAUUACCGUUUUGUUAAUAUAUUUAUUUUUUUUAAGUGACAUUAAAAAUAAAUAAAAAUAAAAUUUAUCUUUUCCAUCUUAUAAACCAAGCUAAUCCACAUAUUGAUUUAACUUAAAAAUCAUUAUCUCACAAGUCAUGAAUUAUCUUAUUUUAGAUUUUAAGUAAGUAACGAGUCUUUUAAAAAUAAAUAAUAUUAUUUAUCUAUAAUAAUAUCAUUUAAAAUUGUUAAUCGUGAGGAGUCUAGAAAUUUUCUUCUUACCCUAUUAUUUUAUUUUUUAAAAUCAAAUAAAGGGAAGUCAGAAUUUUACACUUUCAUAACUUUGUAAGACAAAUAACAUUGUUUUUAAUAGUAGAUAAAAAUAUUGAUAUAUUAUCUAAAAAUUGGGAUUAGACUCAGAGAUUAUUAAGUAGGUGAAGAGGCUAUUUUUAUCUCUAUAUUUACUCUCUUCCAAACUUUUAGACAUAAAAUAAUUAUUCAUAAAUGAUAAUUAAUCAGUUAAAAAUAAUCUUAACUUUAUAAUUUAGAAAAAAUAUUAAUAUAACAAUACUAUCACAUAAUUGUAUUGACGUCAUAUUAUAAUUUAAUAAUUAUAAAUUAUU